GUCACGGAGCGGAAGUUACGUACCCCCGAUGCGGCGUCUCACGGCGGCUGAGAAGCGUCCGAGGAGCUUCGUCGCGUUUUGAUGACGGCAUCCGCAGUGAGCCGGAAGUGUUUGAGAGCUGGCGCGGGGCAUGGCGUCUGUGGUGCUGAGCGAGGCGGAGAAGGUCUACGUCGUGCACGGGGUCCAGGAGGAUCUUCGAGUAGAUGGCCGUGGCUGUGAAGACUAUAGAUGCAUUGAAGUAGAAACAGAUGUGGUAUCAAACACAAGUGGAUCUGCAAGGGUGAAGCUUGGCCACACUGACAUCUUGGUAGGAGUCAAAGCUGAAAUGGGAACGCCGAAGCUGGAGAAACCAGAUGAAGGUUACCUGGAAUUCUUUGUUGAUUGUUCAGCAAAUGCUACUCCUGAAUUUGAAGGCCGGGGAGGAGAAGAGCUGGGCACAGAAAUAGCAAAUACGUUGUACAGAAUAUUUAGUAAUGACAGCAGCAUAGAUCUAAAAUCGCUUUGUAUUAACCCCAGAGAACACUGUUGGAUUCUCUAUGUUGAUGUCUUGUUACUGGAAUGUGGUGGAAAUCUCUUUGAUGCAAUCUCUGUUGCAGUGAAGGCAGCUCUUUUCAAUACAAGGAUACCUAAAGUACGUGUUCUAGAGAUUGAAGAAGGUUCAAGAGAAAUUGAGCUGUCUGAUGACCCUUAUGACUGUAUUCGACUUAAUGUGGAAAAUGUACCCUGCAUCAUCACAUUAAGCAAAAUUGGUUGUAGACAUGUGGUUGAUGCUACUCUUCAGGAGGAAGCAUGCUCUUUGGCUAGCCUGCUUAUUUCUGUGACCAGCAAAGGCUUGCUUACUUGUAUGAAGAAACUAGGCAAAGGUAGUCUUGAUCCAGAGAGUAUCUUUGAGAUGAUGGAGACAGGAAAAAAGGUCGGCAAGGUGUUGCAUGCUUCCCUACAGAAGAUCUUAGACAAAGAAGAAAGUUUAGGGACUACGCGACAGAAAGUUGGAUUCCUGGGAUGAUUUGUUUCAUCAACUUUGAUUUAUAAAUGUUCAGAAAUUGUAUUUUUCAUAGAGAGCACAGCCUUGUCAGUUUGUAUAUGAAUUAAAGGAUAUUUUUUUCUUAAGGUA